AUGGAUUUCAAAAUUGGAAGAGAAUUGGUGGCAAUCAAUGUGUAUGUUCAACGUCAUGUAGGCAAGCUAAAUUCACCACAUCAUCUUGCUAUGCAAAAAUGGGUUAGCUUAAAAAACCCAUCUCUUCAUAUUGAAACAGUGGUAGAUAAGCAAUCAAAGCAACAAGUGAUGGACAAUCGGUUGCGACUUACAACUACAAUAGAGGGCAUUAGGUAUCUAGUAAAUCAAGCAAUGGCUUUUCGAGGUCACGAUGAAUCCGUUGACUCAUCUAACCGGGGAAAUUUCAUUGAAAUCUUAAAGUCUUUUGCAAGAAUGAAUAUAGAAGUUGAGAAGGUUGUCCUAGAUAAUGCUCCUCAUAAUGCUCAGUAUAUUGCUCAUGACAUACAAAAACAAAUCUUGCAUAUUUUUGCUACCAAGGUGAAGAAGAAAAUUUGUAGCGAACUUGGGAAGAACAAAUAUUGUAUUCUUGUUGAUGAAUCACUUGAUGAAUCAAGUAAGGAACAAAUGGCUAUUAUUCUAAGAUUUGUUGAUUGUGAUGGAUUUAUUUGUGAACGCUUUUUCGAUAUUGUGAGUGUUGUAGACACUAAUGCCUUGACUCUUAAACAAGAAAUAUGCAAAGUGCUUGAUAAUAACGGCAUUCUAGUGGAGAACAUGCGUGGCCAAGGGUAUGAUGGUGCUAGUAAUAUGCGCGGUUCAUGGAAUGGAUUACAAGCAUUGUCUCUUCAAGAUUGUCCAUAUGCAUAUUAUGUGCAUUGCUUUGCUUAUUGCUUGCAAUUAGCAUUAAAUGGUGCGGCUAAAAUGUGA